AUGCUAACCAUUCGCCGUUGUUAUUUUUUGACAAGAAAACUAUUCACGUUACCUACGUACACGAUAAGGAGCACAAACUGUGGUUGCACACACACGCACACAUAUAUGGCUGCCACUCUUUCACACUGCCCAAUUUUCAGUGCAAUAAGAUUCUACUUUUCUCUCCUUCUUGGCCCUUUUGAACCCCUGCCUGUGUGUGUGUGUGCUCUUAACAGAACUUCUGGUGAUUGUUGUUGUAGUGAUGAUCUUAAAAGUGGGGAGGAGAAAAGCGGGAGAGAUCUACAGUUUCUUUCUUAA